CGGAUGACACGCGUUUCUUUCUCCCCCCAUUUCUCCGUGUGUCAAGCGUCCAUAAUCGUACGAGUUGAUUCGACACAGGCUUCAGCAGGGAAAGACGAAUAGUGCGUGUCAGGCGUGUUGCACGGGGCAUUAACAGGCUUGAUCGUACACGGCGCUUACAAGACGUUUGGUACUUGGGGUCUGUUAUUUUUAAAACAAAAAGCAAUGUCGCAAUUGAACUGGACCAGAAUGGAAUCGCUACAUCUGAUCGAAGCGUACAGGAAGAGUAUGUUAUGGCACAGCGAGCAUGGGUUACAUCUGAACAAGAUAAGCAAAGAGGAGCUCUGGAGGGAGGUCGGAAGUGCUGUGCAGAAACCAGUCCGUGAGUGCAAGAAGAAAAUGGAGUAUCUCCUGUCCGGCAUGAGAAGAGAGAAAAUGAAGUUUAAAAGAAGUCAAGAAAAUGGAGACGAACUGCCGUAUAAAAGUUCUUGGUUUGCCUUCGAAAGCCUAAAAUUUCUCUGGGAAAAGGAAAAAUACAGUUUAUCAUCUCUUGAACACGACAAAUCGACAAGUGACUUUGAAAAAGACCACGAGACAGACACCAAAAUAGGCUGUUUAGAGGCGCCUCCCCCAGCGCCCCCACCAGUACCAUUGGGGAUGACACGAAAGAAGAGAAAGAAACUGAUGCCUCGAGUUCAUCUUCAGGAGAAGAGUCAGAGAAUCGAAGCCUCAGCGUUUCUCCCGUGCGUCCAGCAGGACGAAUGCUACCACUUCGGGAACCUGGUCGCCUUCAAACUCAGGGCAUACGACGACAAUAUUCGCUGCGCCAUUCAGAACGACAUCAUGAACAUAUUUCUCAGGGCCAAUCAGGGCUUCUACAAGGAUAUUUUUAGCUCCCCUGCCCAGGAUUGCACGUCAAGCUUGAGCUCCUCUGCUUUCCACGUCUGUCCGACCAGUGAUCUGUCCAGCAAUUCAGGUGCUUAUCAAUCGCCCAUGCAGCUGACCCUCGUCAAAGAAGAAAAAUCUGACAGCUCGUUGUCUUCGUAAUACUAGAGUUCUAGAAUCAAAUCUAGAUCUAGAACUUCUAGACUAGUAAUAGUUACUGUAAUGAUAGUUUCUACUUACUAGACUAGUAUUCUAAUCCUAGAGACAUGUCCUAGUCUUCGAUGCCCUGCUUCAACCUGGUAAUAAAGUACAUGACCUGAAGUGAUCUUUGGUGCAGUAAUAUUAAGUACAUGAUAUGCCAUGACAGUUCAAUUCACCACAGAUCUUUGAACUAGGAAACAUACCAGUGAAGGGUACUGAGCUUAGGACAUUAAGUUGUAUACCUAUUUAAAACUGAAAGCAAGCUCAUUUUAAAACUGAAAUGAACACAAAAUAUGUGUGCAAGUAAUUGGACCAUUGUUACACUUUAUUUCUUAAUUAUGUAAAUAGGACCGAAAUCUAGUUUAAAUCGUAUAACAUGUACCAUUCAUAUUGUUUUUUUAACACGGAUGUAAUAAAUGUAAAUUGAUCAUUGCAAUUAAUUUCGUAUCUUGAUAUUUGAAUAUGUUAACAUGUUUUCAUGUGGUAAUUAAGCCAAAGUUCCUGGGAUUUCAGUUCUAAUGAAGACAAAAAUGUGGACCUGAAAACCUUGCUGCUGAAAUGAGUUGCCAUCCAGGUACCUGUUGAGAGCGCGCCUGUUGGGGGAAAUUAAGUCUGGCUACAUAAUAUCUAAAAAGAAUAUUUUGUAAGUUAAAAGAUUAAUUUACAGCCUCCUUUAAAAAAAAACAAAAAAAAAUAAAAUAAUAAAAUAA